AUGGCACCCCCGCAAGUCCACCACGAUUCUCUCAACGCGAAAUUCACUGGCAUUGAAACGCAAUGCGACGGUAUCUCUGUCAACCAUUUCAGAGGUCUCAAGUAUGCUAGUAUUCCAGCGCGGUUUGAGCGCGCGCAGCCUGUAAAUGGCUUUAAUGGGCGGGUUGUCGAUACCUCUCGGUUUGGGCCACGAUGUCCCCAGGUCGAUAUCGAUGUUCGACACCUUCUGCGCAUUCCUGAAGUCUUUGUGAUUGAGCAGGAGCCGGAGGACGAAUUCGAGUGCUUGACCGUUGAUAUCACCUGUCCUCCUGAUACGGCGAAUAGGGGGAAUCUUCCUGUGUUAGUUUGGAUACAUGGUGGCUCGCAAAUUAUGACUUUCUGUUCUGCGGCGUCGAAAAUCUGCGAUCCAACAAAGCUUGUUGCUGACUCCAUAAAAUCUGGCCAACCGUUCAUUUUCGUUUCAAUAAAUUACCGGCUCAAUAUCUUCAGCUUUGGUGAUGGUGGUGAGACAAACCUAGCUAUCAAGGAUCAGCGAUUGGGCCUUGAUUGGGUUAGAAAGAACAUUGGCGGAUUUGGUGGGAGCCCGGAUAAUAUCACUCUGUCUGGUGAGAGUGCGGGUGCUGUUUACGUUCAUGCUCAUUUGAUCACUGGUCCACCAGUGAAGAGGGCAGUUCUCGCAUCUGGCUCAUUGUACCUGUCGUCGCCUUUGCCUGUUGAGCGAGGAAACGGACUUAUCAAAGCGCUUGAAGCAAAGGUCCAAGAACAUGGCGAAUCCUCCCUCCGCAAGGCUUCGGUUCCGGCUCUCCUGCAAGCGCUGAAGGAAAGCAACGUAAACACCAUGUGGAUACAGGAGGACGAUGAAUUGAAGGGAUGGGAAACGAGGAUCGAGCAGGCGGAUGAGGUCAUGAUAGGUGAUGCUGAGUAUGAGUCUGUUAUCUGGAGAAACGGAAUCGAAACCUUCGAUGGAGAGACCAUUGCCGCCGCUUUCGAACAAGAUAAAACAUGGGGCAGAACCCUACGGAAGAUGUACCAUGUCGUCCCUGAUCGCCCGACAGCGUGUAAGCUCGGGGCAUUGGAUCUGGUGAACGACGCACGAUACACUCUCCCCGUCGAACUCAUCUCCGACAAGUUGAAUGCCGCCGGCAAGCGUGUUUACAAAUACGUCGUUGAUCAACCCAAUCCAUGGCAAGCGUCCAGCCGUUCACACCACGCCGUCGAUCUACUCUUCUUGUUCGGAGGUAUAGAUCUAUCCUUCAACUCUGCUGCGGAUGCAGUCGGUCAUGAAAUGAGAAGCCGCUGGAUACAGUUUGUGGCCAGCGGUAGCCCUUGGUCAAUUGAAAAGCGCUUUGCCUUUGGGCCUGUCGGCGAGUGUAAGGAGAUUUCCGAGACCCAGUUUGCUGCGCGACGCCGGGUUGAGCAUCUGAAGACUUUGAGGGAGGCCGGUAUUGGGGUGUAUUUGCCCAUUAUCUUUGCCUUGACAGCGGGGAAAAUCAGUUUGCUGAAUUAA